UCAAAUUCGAAUAAUCAUCGAAAACCAGUCGCACGGACGAUUUGGAUAAAAGCAAAUCUGGAUAUUAGGAAUUUGUUGAUAUUAGCGAUCUCAACCAUCUGAACAAAUCUGUGGUCAACAAUUUGAACCCAAACAACAUGAUUGUGAAAGUAGCGUGAGCGCGAGAGUAGAUAGGAGUUCGGUUUGUGUCACAAAUUACUGUCAGCUAACGUUUAUCCGUGAUCUAUAGCAUUGCUACCAAAUUGCCACCAAUUGCCACAGCUACUGCUGUGCAGACGACUGUUGGAAAAAGUCGGUUGUGGGAGGGGGUUGUAUGAAUAGUUGUGGUCUUGUGAUGACUUAAAUUGAAUCGAAAAAUUGGUAACGAUGAACGUCUUCUCUGCAUUAAAACUAUACGUAACUAAGAUGACCGAAGAAAGCGGUCCUGGUAUGAAAGUUCUUUUGAUGGAUAAGCAAACGACGAGCAUUGUCAGUAUUGUUUACAGCAAGUCUGAAAUACUUCAAAAAGAAGUUUACUUAUUCGAACGAAUAGACAGCGGAUCUCAGACAGAAGGAAUAAAACAUUUAAAAUGUAUUGUCUUCCUGAGGCCAACUGCAGAAAAUAUUACUCUGCUAUGUCGUGAGCUUCGAUAUCCAAAGUACGGAGUUUAUUACAUCUAUUUUAGUAACAUCAUUGCAAAGGCUGAUAUAAAGACCUUGGCUGAAAGUGAUGAGCAAGAAGUAGUGAGAGAGGUUCAUGAAUUUUAUGCUGAUUACUUGGCACUGAAUCCACAUUUGUUUUCUUUUGGAAUAAACAUUUGCUCACGAGAUUUGCGAUGGAUUUCAACUCAGUUGCAGCGUACAGCUCAGGGUAUAAUAUCUGUCCUGUUAGCACUCAGAAAAUGCCCAUAUAUUAGAUAUCAGAACAGUUCCGAAAUGUCUAAGAUCCUUGCAGAGAAGAUUAGAGAAACAUUCAGUAAAGAGUCAAACUUAUUUGACUUUAGACAAGAACUUAAUCCAUUGUUGUUAAUUGUUGAUAGACGGGAUGACCCGGUUACACCGUUACUGAAUCAGUGGACCUAUCAGGCUAUGGUUCACGAAUUAUUAACCAUUAAUAAUAAUAGGGUAGAUUUGUCACAUGUGAAGGGGAUAUCCAAAGAAUUAGCCGAGGUCGUUCUUAGUGCAGAGCAUGACGAAUUUUAUGCAAAGAACUUAUACCUAAAUUUCGGUGAAAUUGGGCAAACGAUAAAAGCACUGAUGGAUGAUUUUCAAAAAAAAGCAAAGAAGAAUCAAAAACUGGACAGUAUAGCAGAUAUAAAAAACUUUGUUGAAAUGUAUCCGCAAUUCAAAAAGAUAUCAGGCACUGUUUCAAAACACGUUACAGUAGUCGGAGAACUUUCUUCCCUUGUGGGGAAACAUAAUUUACUUGAGGUGUCAGAACUGGAGCAAGAACUCAGCUGUCAAAGUGAACACUCUACACAGUUACAAAAAAUAAAAAAGCUCAUCAACGAUCCAAAAGUAAGGGAUGUAGAUGUUACGCGACUGGUUAUGCUGUAUGCUCUUCAUUAUGAAAAGCACACUAACAAUGACAUUACUGGCUUGUUAGAUAUGUUGAAAAAGAGAGGUGUUCCAGAGACACAGACCAAGUUGGUCUAUAACAUAUUGGAAUACAGCGGAGUCCAUGCUAGGCAAAGUAAUUUAUUCGAUCAUGAAGGAGUUUCUAAAAUCACAAAAAAACUAUUCAAGGGACUAAGCGGCGUGGAUAAUAUAUAUACGCAACACAAACCCCUUUUGGUUGAAACAUUGGAAGAUUUACUAAGAGGAAGAUUAAGCACUCAAACAUUCCCCUACCUCGGAAACAUGGUCAUGUCAAAAAGGCCUCAAGAAAUCAUAAUAUUCAUCGUAGGUGGUGCAACCUACGAAGAGAGUCUUGCUGUGUACAAUUUGAACAAACAGAAUCCAGGAACGAAAAUUAUUUUAGGUGGAACGACAAUUCACAAUUUUGAAUCUUUCACAGAGGAAGUACAAAGUGCUACAAAUAGUAUAACAAGAAGGUACAGAAACAGGAACAACUAAGUAAGAAUCAACCACUACUAUAAUCUAAAUAUUUAUUUCUGAUACUUUUCGCCGUCGUUAUAUUUGCGUUAGAGAAAAUGUAUCUUGAAUUUCCAAUACAUACUAGUUAACGAUGGUAA